AUGGUUCUUCCCUCCUGCAGUUGGCCGCCUGACCUGCAGCUCUCACGCUGCCAUCCGACCCUGCUCACCUCGAAUCCUCUCUUCCCCGACUGGAACCUCUUCCUCCUACACACACACCUCCUCUCCUCCCCCAUAAUGCAUACCGGUCUAAAUGUUCCGUCCUCCGGACUGGCUCUCCUCCCUGGAGAUCAGUCCGGAGACCUCUCCGCUCGGCCGAAUCAGAUCAUGCGGCUGAACCUGGUGCAGAGCACGCUGGAUGAUCUGAUCGACAGCCUGAGGAAGGAACAGCCGGCUCGACUCCGCCUGGGCAAACACCCGUCUCUCCAUUACGGGGGCAAGUCCCAGACCUUCCAUGCGUAUCCCGAAACACAUCGCUCCGAACUCUACCAUAGCUCCGAAGAAUCUUUGUAUUUCACGGGGGUGCUGAGCCACAGUUUGGAAGUGGAAAAGGCUAAAAAUGACACGGCGGCGACCGAUCAGGCAUUAGCAGACCUGGAAGAAAAACUAAAUGCUCACGAGAGAGGGAAAGAAUCGAAAAAGACACACAUAAUCUCUCACCCCGAUGACAAGAUCGAGCUCGAAAAGGACCGCUUCCUCAAGACCGCCGCCAAUCGUUCUCUCACUGCUAGUCCUACUCUGGGUGCUCCCAAAUCUCCAGCUCUCACCAUGACGCCCACCUCAGCUCCCAUGUUGCAAUCUCGGGAUCGAGAGAGGCUCGAUGCCCUCAAGAUCCCGUUCAUUCACUUGCUCGCCAUUCGUCCCGUCACCGUUCAAUUCAUGUCCCGCCAGACACGCACCACCCACGGAGACUGCACCGUGCUCGCCGAGAAGUUCGGCAUACAGAACCGCAUCCUGACCGAGAAGUUUGAUCUGAAGGACAAGGUUUACAAGGAUCUCGACGUGUGGAAAUUCAAUUACACCGAGGAGGACCGAAAGAUGGCAAUUGAGAACUCCAUCUCUGCUUUUGAUCGCAUGCGUGUUUCCAAGUCCGAUCCCAUCUGGCAAAAGCUUCUUCCGAAGAACGAGCGAGGCCAGGGCAAAUGCUUGUCACGCCUCAACCUCCGCACCGCCCCACCCCCGAAACCCGCCAAAGCCAAAACCAGUGGCGACGAGUCGGGCAAAGACGAGGUCGACCACGCCUCAAAGGCAUCUGCGUCUGGGUCCAAGACCACUACAACUUCGAACAAGGCCCGAGUGUCGGACAAGGAUUUCCCCAAGCCAAAGCCCAAGUCCAAGGCCACCAACAGCACCCUCACCGGACGAGUCACCAAGAAAGCCGCCACCAAGGCCCCCGCCAAAGUGGACGGCAACAGCAAGAUCAAGUCUGCCGAGUAUGUCCACGACUCAGACGAUGAUGACGAUGUUGAGAUGCUCGAUGCACCUCCCGCGCCUACCCCCAAGCCUCAGCCGGAACACAAGCGGGGACCAUCCAAUGUCAAGGCUCCACCUCCGAAGAUCAAGGCCCCAGCGAAGCCUCGUCCCACUGAGACUCCUUCGGUCCCUGCUAAGGCUCCUUCCAAGGUCCCCAAGUCCGAGGUCCCCAAGCAUGAGACCGCAAAGCCCAAGCUGGAGCCAACCAAGUCAACCCCCAAGGUUACGGCCUCGAAGCGCCCUCCCUCUCGGCCCUCCACUUCGCCUCAGAAGCCAUCUCCACUUGGAUCGUCUCCUCCAGCCAAUGCAUCUGAUCGCGCCGGUCGCAACCGGUCCGAUAGCCAGAACCAAUCGUCCGGUUCAUCCUCAUCCUCGCCUCUCGUGGUCCAGCACGCCAAGGCCAAGGCCGGUUCAUCCACUGCUGUUACCAAACCUGCGGCCGCUAAAACUACGAGCCAGCCGAAUGGUGUUAUCAAACCCGCUGCCAACCCAUUGAAACGCAAGGCAGAGCCUGACCGCCUGUCCGUGCCCCAAGCAGGCCGACCCACCGGCAAUCUCGAGGCCAAGCGCCGCCGAGCGGUCAGCACCACCUCUAGCGGUGGCAGCACUGGCAGUGCGUCACCUCCAAUGAGCCACCAGAUCUUGUGGCAGAAGCUGCAGGAAAAGUCUCGGAAGUUCAAGCGCUUCUACAGCAAGUACCGCUCUUUGCAUGUCUCCCUUGCAGAGAAGGCAAACCCUACCCGCGAGGAGCUGGACCGCCUGCAGGGUCAGCAUGACCACCUUGAAGAAAUGAAGAAGGAAAUCUGGGAUGAAGAUCGUCGACUCAAGGCUCUUCGUUCCUAG